AUGGUAAUCAACGAGUUCGUUAUAGCCACAGUCACAUCGAGUGACAUGGUUGCUCCAAAUGUAUGUAUAUGUGAACCUAUGGACACACGUGCAUGUACCGAGAAGAUUCAAAUCAGUUCAAGCAUUAAAGGACAACCAGUCACUGCCACACCAGUCACCAAGCAGCAAAUUACGGCCGUUGAUGGCUUAUCUGCCAAAUUCCCCACACAGCAAGGUGAAGCAAACAUAACUACACCGGAAGGUAUACAGAAAAAUACUCCUGUACUCGCCAGGUACCUCUCACAGCCAGAUGAACCAACGAUGAUCACGCCAGAAGAUGGGCAAAAUAUGACAACCACUGACGGUGUUUAUGUCAGGUACCUCUCUCAGCCAGAUGAACCAACAAUCAUCACACCAGAAAAUGGACAACAAAUUACAACCACUGAUGGUGUAUCUGCCAAGUACCUCUCUCAGCCAGGUGAACCAACAAUCAUCACGCCAGAAGAUGGGCAAAAUAUGACAACCACUGACGGUGUUUAUGUCAGGUACCUCUCACAGCCAGAUGAACCAAUCAUCAUCACACCAGAAAAUGGACAACAAAUUACAACCACUGAUGGUGUAUCUGCCAAGUACAUCUCACAGCCAGAUGAACCAAUCAUCAUCACACCAGAAGAUGAGCAAAAUAUGACAACCACUGACGGUGUUUAUGUCAGGUACCUCUCACAGCCAGAUGAACCAAUCAUCAUCACACCAGAAAAUGGACAACAAAUUACAACCACCGACGGUGUAUCUGCCAAGUACCUCUCACAGCCAGGUGAACCAAUCAUCAUCACGCUAGAAAAUGGACAACAAAUUACAACCACUGAUGGUGUAUCUGCCAAGUACAUCUCACAGCCAGAUGAACCAAUCAUCAUCACACCAGAAGAUGAGCAAAAUAUGACAACCACUGACGGUGUUUAUGUCAGGUACCUCUCACAGCCAGAUGAACCAAUCAUCAUCACACCAGAAAAUGGACAACAAAUUACAACCACUGACGGUGUAUCUGCCAAGUACCUCUCACAGCCAGGUGAACCAAUCAUCAUCACGCCAGAAAAUGGACAACAAAUUACAACCACUGAUGGUGUAUCUGCCAAGUACCUCUCACAGCCAGAUGAACCAACAAUCAUCACACCAGAAGAUGAGCAAAAUAUGACAACCACUGACGGUGUUUAUGUCAGGUACCUCUCACAGCCAGGUGAACCAAUCAUCAUCACACCAGAAAAUGGACAACAAAUUACAACCACCGACGGUGUAUCUGCCAAGUACCUCUCACAGCCAGAUGAACCAACAAUCAUCACACCAGAAGAUGAGCAAAAUAUGACAACCACUGACGGUGUUUAUGUCAGGUACCUCUCACAGCCAGGUGAACCAAUCAUCAUCACACCAGAAAAUGGACAACAAAUUACAGCCACCGACGGUGUAUCUGCCAAGUACCUCUCACAGCCUGAUGAACCAAUCAUCGUCACGUCAGAAGAUGGACAACACAAUACAACCACUGAUGGGACAUCUGCCAAGUACCUCUCACAGCCUGAUGAACCAAUCAUCAUCACACCAGAAAAUGGACAACAAAUUACAACCACCGAUGGUGUAUCUGCCAAGUACAUCUCACAACCUGAUGAACCAAUCAUCGUCACACCAGAAGAUGGACAACAAAUUACAACCACCGAUGGUGUAUCUGCCAAGUACCUCUCACAGCCUGAUGAACCAAUCAUCAUCACACCAGAAAAUGGACAACAAAUUACAACCACCGAUGGUGUAUCUGCCAAGUACAUCUCACAGCCUGAUGAACCAAUCAUCGUCACGUCAGAAGAUGGACAACAAAUUACAACCACUGACGGUGUAUCUGCCAAGUACAUCUCACAGCCAGAUGCACCAAUCAUCAUCACACCAGAAAAUGAACAACAAAUUACAACCACUGAUGGUGUAUCUGCCAAGUACCUCUCACAGCCAGAUGCACCAAUCAUCAUCACACCAGAAAAUGAACAACAAAUUACAACCACUGAUGGGACAUCUGCCAAGUACCUCUCACAACCUGAUGAACCAAUCAUUGUCACGCCAGAAGAUGGACAACAAAUUACAACCACUGACGGUGUAUCUGCCAAGUACAUCUCACAGCCAGAUGCACCAAUCAUCAUCACACCAGAAAAUGACAACAAAUUACAACCACGAUGGUAUGCACCAAUCAUCAUCACACCAGAAAAUGGACAACAAAUUACAACCACUGACGGUGUAUCUGCCAAGUACCUCUCACAGCCAGAUGAACCAAUCAUUAUCACACCAGAAAAUGGACAACAAAUUACAACCACCGAUGGUGUAUCUGCCAAGUACCUCUCACAGCCUGAUGAAACAAUCAUCAUCACACCAGAAAAUGGACAACAAAUUACAACCACCGAUGGUGUAUCUGCCAAGUACCUCUCACAGCCUGAUGAACCAAUCAUCAUCACGUCAGAAGAUGGACAACAAAAUACAACCACUGAUGGGGUAUCUGCCAAGUACAUCUCACAGCCAGCUGAACCAACAGUAAUCACACCAGAGGAUGGACAACAAAUGACAACCACUGAAGGGACACCAGCCAGUGCCAGACCCAGUCAUAAACAGAAGGGAGUUAGAUAUUGCAUAUGUGUAUAG